AUGCUCGUCAAGGAUGACGAAUUCACUCUUGACCAGGCCAUCGACAUGUAUCGAACGUAUGAGGCCAACAAACAGCACAUGGCCAACUUCAAGGAUGAUGAUGCUGACAAGGCCGGCACAUGUGAGAAGCUGGACCUCGUCCGCCUAAACCAGCAGGUGCACAUGGUGAAAUCAAAGGUCAGAGAUGAAGUGCAUGCUCAUGAAAUCAUCACAGACACUCAGCAGCUCAUCAAGGAGUACCCGGACCAGUUCCGAGGACUGGGCAAGUUUCCAGGAACAGCCUCAAUCGAAGUUGACCCAACAAUCAAGCCUGUGGUGCAUCCUCCAAGGAAGUGCCCUAUCCACCUGCGAGAUGACUUAAAAAAGGAGCUAGAUACCAUGGAGAAGAUGGGCGUCAUCAAACCCAUGCAAGAGCCCACUGACUGGGUAUCCAGCCUGGUCAUCACGAAGAAACCAGACGGGAAGCUGCGGGUCUGCCUUGACCCAAAGGACCUAAACAGGGCCAUAAAGAGGCCACAUCACAGGAACAUCACAACUGAAGAAAUCACCCAUCAGCUGGCUGGGGCAACAACCUUCUCGAAGUUGGACGCCCGUGCAGGCUACUGGGCCAUCCAGCUGGAUGAGGAGUCAAGCAAGCUGACUACCUUCAACUCACCAUUCGGCAGAUACAGGUUCUGCAGGCUGCCGUUUGGCAUCAGGCUCUCACAAGAUCUCUUCCAGAGGAAAAUGGAUGAAAUCCUCACAGAAUUGGAAGGAGUCAUCAACAUCGCAGAUGACAUCUGUGUGUAUGGCAAGGACGCAACCGAGCACACGGAACGGCUCCGCGCCCUCAUGAAGCGUGCGCAAGAAAAAGGUCUAGUCUUCAAUCCGGACAAGUGCGCCAUCGGCCUGAGUCAAGUUUCUCAGAUCUGA